CGACUUCAAGUCUUCAAUGCUUUCUCUCGUUUAUAUAGGAUUCUUCUUCGCGUUUCUUUUAUGUAUAAACGACGUGAGGUUCUCUCGGUGAUUGUCGCCGGCGGUCUCUAAUUCGCUUGGUGCAGGUCGGGAACUGAUUGGCCAAUGACCAGUGGUUGUUGUUUCAGUUCAGAAGAAUCGUUGUUCGAAGUUUUUCAUGAGAUGAGACUGGAGUGGCUUGUCGGAUCCCGCCUUGCAUCAACUGAAUCGGAGACCGCGAGCGGUGAAGGUUGCAUGGAUUGUGUAUGCAGCAAGUGUAGAUCUCAGGGAAAAUCUAUCGGAGAACAUUUGGCAGCCAUGGAUUUGAGGACUGGCUCCUUGCUUGGGGGAUUCUUUAGUUGGACGUAUUGCUCUAAAGUAGUUGGAACUUUAUGUGAAGACCAAGUUGAUGGGUUACCAUGGAAAAGGUUAUGAAGCUAUAUGGUAUGGUAGUCAAGGGGUAACCAUGGUUGUGACAUCGGGUGACCUAACUCUGUGGAGGAGACCAGGUAAAUGUUGUAAAUGGAGUUGUAGUUUGAUUUAGGAAUUCAGAAGCUGUCAUGACCCAUGAGUUGAGUGUUUAUAUUGAUUCAUGAUUUCAUGUAAUAAGAAUUUUGCAUGUCAAAAUUACUUAGUUUCCCGGAAUAUCAUGCCCUGACAUCUUCAUACCAUGUAAUCAGGUGUAAUAAAUAAGAAAUUACAAGGAACUUUGCGUU